AAGGGUUUUCUUCUUCAGUUGAGCUUGCUAAUCCUCUGUAAAACUAUAAUCUCUCGUAGAAUCAUUAAUGGCUUCAUCGUCGUCUUCUGCACCAGCCGUUGGCCCAGAAAUCCCGUGGGUAGAGAAAUUCAGGCCCACCAAAGUGGCGGACAUAGUGGGGAAUGAAGAUGCCGUUGCCAGGCUCCAAGUCAUCGCGCGAGAUGGAAACAUGCCGAACCUCAUUUUAGCCGGCCCCCCUGGAACCGGGAAAACCACUAGUAUAUUGGCACUUGCACAUGAACUGUUGGGACCAAAUUAUAGAGAGGCGGUUUUAGAACUGAAUGCAUCAGAUGACAGAGGGAUUGAUGUUGUGAGAAACAAAAUAAAGAUGUUUGCCCAGAAGAAAGUCACUCUGCCCCCUGGUCGGCACAAAAUAAUUAUCUUGGAUGAAGCUGACAGCAUGACAUCUGGAGCUCAACAAGCCUUGAGGAGGACAAUGGAAAUAUAUUCAAAUUCCACGCGCUUUGCACUUGCUUGCAACACAUCUUCAAAAAUUAUUGAGCCCAUUCAGAGCAGAUGUGCCCUUGUUCGGUUUGCAAGAUUAUCCGAUCAAGAGAUCCUUGGACGUCUCAUGGUGGUGGUUGCUGCAGAAAAGGUUCCUUAUGUUCCAGAAGGUCUUGAAGCAAUCAUUUUUACGGCUGAUGGUGACAUGAGACAGGCCUUGAACAACUUGCAAGCGACAAACAGUGGAUUUGGUUUCGUCAACCAAGAAAAUGUUUUCAAGGUUUGUGAUCAGCCUCAUCCCUUGCAUGUGAAGAACAUGGUACGCAAUGUAAUUGAAGGGAAAUUCGAUGAAGCUUGUGCUUCUUUGAAGCAGCUCUACGAUUUGGGCUAUUCACCCACCGAUAUAAUCACUACCCUUUUCCGAAUUAUAAAGAACUACGAUAUGGCAGAAUAUCUGAAAUUGGAAUUCAUGAAGGAAACUGGAUUUGCCCACAUGAGGAUUUGUGAUGGAGUCGGUUCAUAUCUUCAGUUGUGCGGUCUGCUGGCUAAGCUUGCAUUGGUCCGGGAAACAGCCAAAGCAGCAUAAUCAGAAAGCUGCUGAAGUAAACUGUCAAAAGAGUAGUAAAAAUUUUCGCACCAUUGUUUUCCUAUAUUAAUUUUCGAGUAAUAGUUGUCUGUGUCUUCCAAGACAUCAACUUUGCCCUCAAACUCAUGGAAGUACAAUAUCGGAUUUUGAUUUAUAUAUUUAUGUUGUUAAUAUCAACGUAUCUGAAUUUUUUUA